GAAUACAAAGAAAAUGGACAAAAAGUGAAUAGCAAACUCUCUUCAGGAAAUAUUUGAUGAGUUACAGAGUGUAAGAAAGUGGACAUGGCGUGUAAUGAGUGAUGUAAGGAAACUGAAUAGUGAGUGUCUAGUGCUUUAAGUGCCUCUGAUGACGGGGAGUGUGGUGACCCUGGUCAGGCUGGCACUCCAAGAGAAAAGAGAUAUGAACUGGUAGUGUUAUCAUCGACAACGGUGGACUCAAAACGUGUACCACGGAACAGGUAUUUGGUCUCAGCGAAAAAAUAAUCUUGGAACAUCAUGGAUGGAGGCGGAGGGCACCUGUCGUCUUGUCACUGCUCGCCUCGGCGCAGGAGGAAAUCUUCCUCGCCCUCCGGUUCUUGCUCUUCGUCGUGCUCUGCGCCCUCCUGGUGCCAUAAUGGAUCAGAGAACUACGAGAGCGAGGACCCUCCGCCCACCUGGGUGUACAUGACGGUGUGGGUAGCAGGAGUCCUCGUCUACGUUAAUGGUCUUACCGGAGACUUCGUGCACGACGACGUCAGCGCCAUCAAAACAAACCCGGACGUGUUGGGAACUAACUCGCUCUCCCACGUGUUCUGGAACGACUACUGGGGCAAGCCUCUGGUCGACCCACGCUCACACAAGUCCUAUCGACCUUUCACCAUUCUCACCUUCAGGUAAGUGCUCCUUCAAUCA